UGUGUAUGGGGAGGGAGGUCCAGAGGGUUUUGUUUUUGUUGCUCAGAUCUCCCUGGUAUUAAUUUGAAAGUCUGGGACCGGAUGAGGGUGUGUCGUGUUUAAAUGAAUGGCAGCCUGUUAGCAGGUGAAGAUAAACAGUUUGUGAGAGUUUUGGGAGAACAUGCCGAGAGUUGGGGCUGAGGCGGAGCUGCGGACCCUGACGCAGUGUCAGUACAGUUAUCCAGUAGAGACUCUUUGUGAUCUUCAGGAGGUUCGUUCCGUUUUCCCUGAUCUUCGUCUCUACGUUGAUUUUUACUGUUUUCCAAACAAAGAGAAAAAGAAGUUGGUGUACCUGGCCGGGACACUUCCUGUUCACUAUGAAGGAAGUGACUAUAACAUCCCAGUUUGCAUCUGGCUUCAUGAGACCCACCCAGUGUCCAGGCCUCGCUGUUUUGUCUGUCCCUCUGUCUCCAUGGUGAUCAACCCGUCCUGUUCCUGUGUGGACGCCUCCGGUAACAUCGACCUGGACGCACUAAAAAACUGGACCCACGGCGUGUCCAACCUGUCACUGCUUGUGUCAGAGAUGAGGCAGGCCUUCCGGAGGGACACGCCCCUUUAUGCCAGAUGUCCUGUACAAGCCCCGCCCCCUGCAAGUCUGCAGGUGUCAGCUGGAAGCAACCAUCAUUCCACCUCCUCCUCCAUAGCCUCCUCCUCCAUCACCUCCUCCUCCAGCACCUCUUCCUUCAGUACCUCCUCCUUCAGCACCUCCCCCUCUCCACAGAGCAUUCGUCUCUACCUCACCUCCUCCCACCUGUCCGGACAGAAAGGCAGCCAAUGGGAUCAGAGCGGGCAGGUGAGGAGGUCGUAUACGGAGGAGCUGCUGGGGAUCGACUUCAGCGCUCCUUCACCUUCCUCUAACAACCCCUUCCUGAACUCCGCUUCCACCUCAGGUGUCCCCCCUGCAGAUUCUCUCAGCAGGCGGAUGGGGGCUCUGAGGCUGGACGGUAAGUCCAGCAGAGACCAGCAGGGUGAAUCACCUUUACGGACAGUCCAAUCACAGGCAGCCAGAGGCCGUCACACCACAGAUUCUGUGGUUCUGGUCCCGGGUUCUGCACCAGCAGCUGGACUGCAACAGGACCCUGGUGCUCAAAGACUCCAGUCUGAGCCAGCAGCUGGACUGGAACACAUCAAGAUGGCGUCCUGCCUCCCCCCGGACCAGGCCGCCACCUUCCUGUCCCUUGUGACCAUGGAGGGGCGGGGCUUCAGCCCUGAUGAUGUCAUGGAGGCGGUGCAGCUGACUGCAGACUUCCCGUCGGCGCUGAAGUUCCUUACGCACCGCUGCCCGAUCUGCCAGGACCAGGUGACCUUCAGCAAGAUCCUGCAGAUGACUCACUGCAGCUGCUUCCUGUGUCUGACGUGUUUCAAGUCGUUUUUCUCGGCAGCGAUCAAAGAGCGAAGCAUCGACCAGCUGGUCUGCCCGCAGUGUGGCUGUCCCGAGGUCAAAGGUCAGGCCGGGAUGGACUACUUCAACCUGCUCGACACACAGAUCCGUCACUUCCUGCAUCCGGAGAUCCACGAGCUGUUCCAGAGGAAGCUCAGAGACCGGGCCCUGCAGGACAUGCCCUCCUUCCGCUGGUGUGCCCAUUGUUCGUUCGGCAUGCUUCAUGAAGCGGACCGGCUCAGGAUGGACUGUCCCAGCUGUAAGAAGAGUACCUGCUGUCAGUGCAGGUCCCCUUGGUCCCCUCAACAUCAGGGACUGUCCUGUAAGCAGUUUAGAGUCCUGCAGCAGCAGAACCAUCCGGACCAGCAGACCGCCUCGUUGCUGCACCACGACAGCAUCGAGUGUCCUCAGUGUCAGAGUGUCUUCAGUCUGUCACGUGGCGGCUGUCUUCACUUCACCUGCACUCAGUGUCUCCAUCAGUUCUGCGGCGGCUGCAGUCGUCCCUUCACACCUGGCUCUGUUUGUGGUUUCUCUGCCGACUGCGGCAGCAAAGGGCUCCACGCUCACCACCCCCGAGACUGCCUGUACCACCUGAGGGACUGGAGCGUCCCCCGCCUGCAUCUGCUGCUGCAGUAUUACAGAGUGUCUCCCACCUGGUUGGAACCAGCCACUGGCAGCUCACCUGAGGCGGGUCAGACAGUUGUAUGUUCAAUUUUGGAGCUGCGAGACGACGGCGGCAGACAGGAGGAGCCGUGUGGACGCCCGGCGGCGCCCGAGUACAGAGGAUACUGCCAGACGCACUAUAAGGAGCGGCUGGUGGAGCUGAUCAACCGUUGCCAUGCCGACCCUGCAGCGAUUUUCAGCGCGGCAGAGAUAGCGGCCGAGCUGCAGCGCUGGAACAUCCCCACGCCGAGCAGGAAGCCAGAGGAAACAGAGCCACUGUACACACAGCGCCUCCUACAGACUCUGACCAAUCGUGUUCCUCUCCAGAAGCAGCAACGUGACAAUCUCUGACCUCUGCUGGAGCUCCGCCUCCUCACCUGCUCCUAAUGCGCCAGCCAAUCAGAUGGUGGCUCUGUGUUGGUGUAGGAGUACUGACCACGCCCCCAUCUCUGAUGUCACAGCAGGGGGAAGGUGAUAUCACUACAGGGGGCGUGGUCAGGCUGAACUGAUGAAACUAACAAUGUCAUCAGCUACAGCAGCUGCUGGCUUCUGAUUGGCUGAUGAAUGAAAAGGGACCAAAGACGGAGCAAGCAGCCAAUCAGAGAUUAGAACUGAUGUUCCACUUAAUGAGCACCAGCUAACGAUGCUAACUUGUCUCUCAGUAUUUCAGCAUGUGAGCAGCUGUUUGCAUGUGUUAGCAGCUGUUAGCAUGUGUUAGCACAGCUAAAACUGUCGACCUUCUUCUACUUGACUUGUUGCUGCACUUUAACACUUUUAAUAAAAUAUAUUAAAUAAAUAAUCUGUUUUACUUUAGCUUCCUCUCUUUUGUUU